ACCGGCAACCUCCUGCCUAGUCGAUGGCUCUUUCCUCUGUGAUGUGUGCUGCUGCUUCCUAGUGAGCGCUGUUGUUUGUGAGUGGAUGCAAGGCUUCUCUUCCUGUAGGCUUGAGUUGCGUACUUCAUCUGUGUGUGUGUGUGUGUGUGUGUGUGUGUGUGUUGGGGGAGGCUCUCUCACCUGUUCAUCUUGUGGACUUCCUCUGUCAGCUCACUGUGAGCCAGUUCACGGUCAGGGAAGGAGACAGCAGCUGAACUCUCAGCCUCUGGGGGGAACUUUAUAAAGAGAGCGCUAUCCUCCAGCCACCAUGGACACUUUUUUCCGACGGCAUUUUAAGAGAAAGGAAGCAGGGGACGGUGUGCAUGAUGACUCCUGUCGACACCGGAGACCGAGCAUUGCAGUGCCAACCAGCCGUGCCCGACGGCGCUCCAGUGUCGGCCUCCCAUCCAGUGCAUUAACCCAGCGGCGCCGAUCCAGCGUCCAACUUCAGGCAUUGCCCCGAAUCAACAGCAGUCAACCGGUACAUCAAAAGAGCAGCGGUAGACGGAGGUCAAGUACCACCACCCUGAAAGCCAAUCCUCGCUUUGCUGUGCGCCGUAAGAAAGUAGGCAAGCUUCGCAAUAUAGACACACACCUCCUAGGCCCAUCCAUGCUGCUAGCCAGUCUGAUCCAAAUGACUCAAGAAGAGGAAGACGAUGAAGAAGGUCGCAGUCCGCUCCCAGGGCAAGUGGAGCUCAAGGGAAGCAGCUCGAAGUUCAGGAGUCACACAGAUGUGCUGCUUUCUGAAGGUGACAGUGAUAGUGAUGACUCCAGCGAGCAUUCAGAGGAACGUCAAUACUCAAGGAUACGCAAAGAGUGUCUGGAGGAGGCUGAUGGGUCAGACUGGGGGGUCAAGGAGUCUGGUGUUUUAUGCCAGCAGGACUGCCUUCCUCUGUCUGUGGUGGCGGAGCGAAUCCAGGCCCAUCCGCUGAUUCGAGUCCCGCGCUGCCUCAGGAGGAACUCGUCCCAUUAUGGCCAUGCGGAUCCAGGACCGCAUGUGCGCUACUGCCGCAGCAGCCAAAGGAGGCGUCGUAGGAGGGUCUCCACAAUCUCCAAAGCAGGAAGCCCAUGGCCUGGAAGAGGCCUGCCGCUGCCUAACCGAAGAAGCUCCUGUUACAGGGGUCCGGCGACUUUCAAUCCUCUCCUGGGGGCUUAUUAUGACCCCCGAUUGGAGUCCUGGAGUGGAUUCUUGUCGAAAGCCAUCGCCAAAGCUGGUGUGCAGGAUAACGCUGCUCAAUCCGGCACAAUAACACCUGCUAAAAGUGAACCCAACAAAAAGAUAUGCAACACCGUGGAUUGGACCGAAAAUGCCCAGUUGGGUCAACACGUGUGGUUUGAGACCAGUCCGGCAGGAGAUUUCUGUUAUGUGGGGGAGUCAAACUGUAUCGCAAAGUCCCAGCAAAAGUCUCUUCCCCGCCACAAAUGUGCAGCUUGCAAAAUAUCAGUUCACACAGAGUGCAUGAAUCAGCUGGACAAGAUUAACUUCAGGUGUAAGCCAACUUUUAAAGAUCCAGGGACGAAAAAUGUCAGAGAAACUCCAAAUAUGAACCAUCACUGGGUCCAUAGGAGAAGGCAAGAUGGAAAAUGCCGGCAAUGUGGAAAGGGUUUCCAGCAGAAAUUCUCCUUCCACAGUAAAGACAUUGUGGCCAUCAGUUGCUCAUGGUGUAAACAGGCUUAUCACAACAAGGUGAACUGUUUCAUGAUGCAGAGAAUCGAUGAGCCGUGUUCCCUUGGCGCUCACGCAGCUGUGAUCAUCCCUCCAACCUGGAUUAUCAGAAUGCGGAGGCAGCAGGCAUCACUGAAGAGCAGUAAAAGAAGGAAGAGAACGUCUCUGAAGGCCAAACCCAGCAAGAAAUUAGAGCAGGACGGCAAAUGGAGAAACUUCGUGGUGAGAGCGAUUCCUUCCCAGCACAUGAAGCCUCUGCUGGUGUUCGUCAAUCCGAAGAGUGGUGGAAACCAGGGAACGAAAAUCAUCCGUACUUUCAUGUGGUACCUGAACCCCCGGCAAGUGUUCGACCUGACUCAGGGAGGUCCGAGAGAGGGGUUAGAAAUGUACAGCAAAGUGCCCAACCUGCGCAUCCUUGUUUGUGGUGGCGAUGGAACGGUUGGCUGGAUUCUGUCAGUGCUGGAUGAGCUUCAGUUGAACCCUCAACCUGCUGUGGCCGUUCUUCCCCUUGGGACAGGAAAUGACCUGGCCAGGACCCUCAACUGGGGCGGGGGCUACACAGAUGAACCAGUAUCCAAGAUCCUUUCCCAUGUUGAAGACGGCAUCAUCGUCCAGCUGGAUCGCUGGAACCUGAGUGUGGAAGCUAAUUUAGAGGCCAGCGAUGAGGACAAAGAUGAACAACAGACCGACAAGCUUCCCAUUGACGUCUUCAACAAUUACUUCAGCCUCGGGUUUGACGCACAUGUGACUUUGGAGUUUCACGAAUCCCGAGAGGCUAAACCGGAACGCUUCAACAGUCGACUUCGCAAUAAGAUGUUUUACGCAGGGACAGCAUUCUCAGACUUCCUGAUGGGCAGCUCUAAAGAUCUGUCCAAACACAUCAAGGUUGUGUGUGACGGUACUGACCUCACCAGUAAAAUUCAAGAUAUGAAAGUGCUGUGCCUGCUGUUCCUCAACAUCCCCAGAUAUUGCGCUGGUACCAUGCCAUGGGGGAACCCAAGUGAGAACAAUGACUUCGGGCCACAGAAACACGACGACGGGCUUAUUGAGGUCAUCGGCUUCACCAUGACCUCUAUGGCAACUCUUCAGGUUGGAGGACAUGGCGAGAGGCUUCAUCAGUGUAAGGAGGUGACCCUGACUACUUUUAAGCCCAUUCCUGUACAGGUGGAUGGGGAACCCUGUAGACUGGCUCCAUCCGUCAUACACAUCACUCGAAGGAACCAAGCCAACAUGCUGCAGAAAACCAAGAGGAGGAUCUCUCUACCACAACUGUAUGAUCAGCAGCCCAUCGCAGAGACAGUGCAGAUCCAAGUGAACCGUAUCAGUAUGCAUGAUUAUGAAGCUCUCCAUUAUGAUAAGGAGCAGCUCAAAGAAGCCGCGAUUCCCAUGGGGAUAAUUACAGUUCCUGGGAACAGUGAUUUGGAGACGUGUCGGCAGCAUAUCGAGAGGUUGCAUGAGGAGGGGGAUGGGAUGAAUACAGACACACUGCACAUGCCAAAGCUUUCACCAAAAUGGUGCUUCCUGGACUGUACAACUGCAGAUCGUUUCUACCGAAUAGAUCGUGGUCAGGAGCAUCUAAACUAUGUGUCGGAGAUCUCCCAGGAUGAGCUUUUCAUCUUGGACCCGGAGCUGGUCACCAAGGAGACGGUGGGCACGUCGCCCGGAAUGCCGGGGGCGAUGGAAACGGUUGUUGGGGGAUGUGGAUGUUCCAACAGCACAGACCAGUUCGCUUUUCCUGCCUGCUCUCCAGGGCCUUCUCCACUCUGCAGGGUUAAUGAAACACAUGCUGAAAGCCAACCGGAAAGUGUGAGUGAAGAAAUCGACAUGCAUGUGCAAAGUGAUCCAGAAAGUCCAACAAAUCUAGGCGUGUACAGGGUUCAUGAUACACAUGCUGAAAGCCAACUGGAAAGCUUGAGUCCAGAAAGUGACUCUCAUGUGCAAAGUGAUCCAGGAAGUCCCACAAAAUCAGGCCUGUACAGGAGGGGAGCAAAAAAUAAGAUUUCCAGUCGUUCAAACACACUUGAGGAGGACUCAGUGAAUGUGCAGAGGUUAGACACGGUCUGGAAUAAGAGUGAUCAAGAUUCAACCAAUUUGCUCUUUGAUGCUGUGAAGUCUGGCAACUUGGAAAAGUUGGAACAGAUGCAUGAAGAAGGAGCGGAUCUCUCGGUCCAGGACCAUUUAGGUUGCACCAUCCUCCAUCAGGCAGUCAUUUUAGGUCACAAAGAGAUUGUGAAGUUUAUCACUGAAAACGCUCCUGCCUGCAUACUGGAUGUGACGGAGAAAUCAACAGGAGAGACAGCUCUGCAUAAGGCAGCUGCGUUGUGCCAUAGAACAAUUUGCUGUUAUCUGGUGGAUGCUGGUGCAUCGCUCAUGAAGACAGAUCUACAGGGUGAAACUCCAAAGAUGUACGCAGAGAGAACUCGAGACUACGAGCUAGCUGAAUAUUUGGAAAACCAACAACACCAUCAAAUGAUCCAGAGAGAUGACCAUGAGACGGCAGUGUGACUGGACAUCUUUUCUGUCCACCACUAAAACCACAGCCACCGUCUCAACGGUGGCCAGUUUGAUACAGUAUACGGCCACAUGUUAGCAAUGCUACGUGGCAGCAUAUGUGUGGAAAUGACCAUGUUCGCUCUCUGUAUUGAUCGUAACGCCAAGCAGACAGUGUUUGUGUCACGUUUCUGAACGCAUGAGUCCCGUCCUGAUGCAAAACUGCAUCGCUCUGCUCUUUAGGACAGGAUUAGGAAAAAAAAUUGUGGAAUUUCAGGGCUGAAGCGAAGUACUAUUACUUUUAUUACUAUUUUAUUACUAUUACUAUUCAUUUUAAAAACUACUCUUGUUCUCAUCAGGGCUGGGCCGAUAAACGAUAUUAUAUCGAAUUGCAAUAAAAUUUAUGCCAUUAACAAUGACUUUUUUACUCUAUAUUGAUCUAAGAGCCAAUCACACAGCAGAAAUGUGCAACAAUGGGAAUCUAAUAGUCUGUUGAUAUUAGAGAUGUACCAAAUUUUCGGCCACUAAAAAAUGUAUCGGCUGAAAAUGUUGCGCCAUUUAAUGGAACCUCUAAUUUUUGUGGCUGUUGGGGUACUUGUUUAAAUCUGGAAGCCUUAACAACUUCAAUCAAAAUUAAUAUUGUUAUUGUUCAAUAUGGAAAAUAACUAUGGAGAUUGCAUUUUUGCCAUAUCGCCCAGUCCUAGUUAUUAUCGAGUGUAGUUAUCAAAAUUAAUUAGGAUUUUUUUUUUUUUUAAGAUAAGUAGAUUUCUUUUAAUUAAUAAAACAUAAGCCAAUUAAAAACAAAAAUAUAUACUAUAUUAAAUAAAUUACAAAUAAAUUAUUUGUAAAUGAAUAAAUACUAAAUUCUAAAAUACAUUUUUAGGUUUAAAAAGAAACUACUAUUGUUAUUAUUACGGCUGAGCCAAUAAACUGGAUUAUAUCGAAUCGCGAUAAAAUUUAUGUCAAUAACAAUGACAGCGCUUGACUUUUUUACUCUUUACUGAUCUAAGAGCCAAUCACACAGCAGAAAUGUGCAACAAUGGGAAUCUAGAAGUGUGUUGAUAUUAGAGAUGUACCAAAUUUUCGGCCACGGAAAGUUUUUCGUCCGAAAAUAUAUUAUGCCAUUUAACGGAUCCUCUAAUUUUUGCGGUUUUAGUCAUUGUUGGGCUACUCUUUUAAAUCUGGAAGCAUUAACAACUUCUAUUGAAACAUACAUCUUUAUCGUUUGAUAUGGAAAAUAAUUAGCGAGAUUGCAUUUUUGCCAUAUCGCCCAGUCAUAAUUGAGUGUAGUAAUGAAAAUUAAUUAUGAAUCAAAAUUUUGUUGAAUAUAAGUAGAUUUCUUUUAAUUAAUAGGACAUAGGACAAUCAUAAGCAAAAAUAUAUACUAUAUUAAAUAUAUUACAAAUAAAUAAUUUGUAAUUAAAUAAAUACUAAAUUCUAAAAUACAUUUUCAGAUUUAAAAGGAAACUACUCUUGUUCUUAUCUGGGCUGGGCCGAUAACUGAUAUUUUAUCAAAUCGCGAUAAAAUUUACGUCAUUAACAGCGAUAGCUCUGUACCAAAUUUUCAGCCACCAAAAAUUUAUCAGCUGAAAAUGUUAUGCCAUUUAAUGGAACCUCUAAUUUUUGUGGCUUUCGUCAUUGUUGGGGUACUCGUUUAAAUCUGGAAGCAACUUCAAUCAAAAUUUAUAUUGUUAUUGUUCAAUAUGGAAAAUAAUUGUCGAGAUUGCACUUUUGCCAUAUCGCCCAGUCCUAGUUAUUAUCGAGUGUAGUUAUCAAAAUUAAUUAAUUAUGAAGAUAAGUAGAUUUUGAUUAAUUAAUAAGACAUAAGACAAUCAGAAACAAAAAUAUAUUAAUAUAUAUUACAAGUAAAUCAUUUAUAAAUAAAAUAAAUACUAAUAAAUCUAAAACACAUUUUCUGGUUUAAAAGAAAACUACUAUUAAAGAAAACCGGAUAAACCUCAUGAAAGCUUAACGGGAGAGUUUUGCACUGCUUCUGAUUACGUUUAUGAAACAUUAGCCUAUACCCUAAUAGUUUGAAUCCACUGGACGCUUCCUUUAGCUUGACUUUUAGACGUUGGUUUCAUAGCCUCCUGUGUUUAAGAAUGCUUCCUCAGCUGUUGCUUAAGGCCAAUUUCUCUCUUUGUGGCAAAUGCUUGAACUUCGUAACACAAACAUCCAUUAAUUACGACUUUAGUAUUAAAUCAGUUCUUAUUAAUCAUUUGUUAGUCAAUAGAUUUGCUGUUAUUUUAUGGCCAUAAUCAUACGCCUAUAUGAAUGAAGUUUGCUUCAGGAAUGGGAUUAUAUCUCUUAGCAUUGAUUGCUUGCACUGAACUGUGUUAAAAUGUUUAACUCAUAGUGUGAUUUUAGGUUCCUCACAGAAUUUUUAAAGUCAUGCAGCAACGUAUUACUUUCGGUAAGAAUAAAGAAACUGUCUAAUGGAUGAUAAAUCACAUUUUCAGUGACAAAAUUGCUGUUGGAGGAAACUAAACACGAGUUUUGCAUCGGUGCAUUACCUCUAAUAGAGUUAUAUAUAUAUAUAUUUACGUCAACUUCUGCAAGGCUUAAAUUCUUGUGUAUUCAACCGGGUCACUUUAUGUACAUGUACAAAAAUAAAAUAUGACUAAAUGCUUGAAUAAUAACUAAGACAGGAAAGCUGGACUUUUUACAAAAGCAGCCAUUUGACAACAUUGAGUUGUUAGCAUUGCCAUAGUGUGUUUGUGGUGAGAUGUCCUUACGAUAGAAUAUGUAUUUUGUCAGUGCUUUGUAUGAGUUGCUAUGCAAUUCCGAAUAGAUUAUACAUGUAUAUAAUCUGUCAAACAUUUUAAAAAUGUUCAGAUAUAAAAAGUCUAUACAAUUUGUAUGUGAUAUGAAUUUAGAUGAUGCUUUAUUUAUAAGGGUAGAUGAGAAUUUUGUUAGAGGAAUAGUCAUAUAUUUGCUCAUGGGGCUGGUUUGCUACUGUAUACUUGGAAGAUAAAAUGAAUAAAGAAAGUGUUCAAAACAAA